AUGGAAGCCAUUAAACGAACCUUACAGUCAUCAACGAAAAAUGAAGAAGCAUCAUAUAUAUCCAAGCGAAUCCGAAAGGCAACAACCCAUUUCACCUUUGAAGCAGCUCCUAUUAAAAAACCAGCAGAAACCAACCUAAUAAAGUUUACUUAUAGAAAGCCGAAAACCCCUUCUGUCACAAUAAAUUUUGCUUCUUCAGUGAAUUCAACACAAUUAAAAUGGCGAGCCAUCCGACCCGUCCUUCUCCUGUACCCUCAGGGAUUACGGGGUUAAGAAGUAAAACGGGGCCUGGAUAUUGUGUCCAGGGUGGUUUUUUUUACCUUCGUCGGGACACCACGACAAGGUUUUUUGCCUCUCACAAAGACGAGAAGACCAGAGCCGCAGAAUCAGGAGUCACACUUCAGGACUAGAAGGAAGUGAGGAAGCUUGUAGUGGAGCUUGGGGACCUGAAGAAGACUCCGGAAGGCUACUUUUCCCCCUCCCCAGAAAGGACGGCGCCGGGUCACUAGACCCUGAUCAAAGGAGUACCUGGGUGAGUCUCCCUGUCAGAUGACGACGUCACCAUUUUUUGGUGACGUCGACAGAAAAUGGAGUGAGCAACAGAGCCGGUGCAUAGGGCGCAAGCCUGAAGCUGGCAGCGCUGGGUAGAGGCUGAAAUAAACCUCCGUGACCCGCUAAAACUAAUUAAUCUAAUCUAAUCAGUGAAUUCAAAACCUGAAAAAAUUCUAGAAAAAGGUUUAAAAAGGCUAAAAGUUGGCUUAAAAAAUGAUUUUGUGAUUGUUUACUAUUCAUAUGAAGAAAGCAGUAACUUUUAUUUAGAGUGGAAAAACAUAAAAAGUCUAGAAAAUAUUGAUAAGGCCACCAGUUAUAAGUUGCGAAUUUAUAAAAAACCUCAGAAAAGGCUAGAAAUUAAGAAAAUUGAAGAGUUUAAAGAGGUUAAAGAAGUUAAGCAGAUUAAAAAGGCUGAAGUGAUAGAUGAAAAGAAAGUUGAAACUUUUGAUGAUGAUUGUCAAAAAUAUGUUUCAGAAAACAAAGGCUAUUUGCAGUAUAAUCAAAUGCUACAACAAUUUGGAGCUUAUUGCUAUUGGCAGUAUAUGAUGCUCAUGAGAGGAUGUCAGCAGCUUGUGUAG